AGAAACCGCAACCUCCCUUCGCCAUCAUGCGACCUCUUACAGACACCGAAACGAAGACGCUCUUCGAGAAGCUCGCCAACUAUACUGGCAAGUCGCUCAACAACCUCAUCACCGACACCGUCACAAAUGGGAAAACCACCGACCGCUACGUUUUCCGAGUGCAAAAAGACCGAGUCUACUACGUACGCGAAUCGAUCGCAAAUCUCGCUACCUCUGUCGCUCGCGACUCUCUUCUGAGUCUGGGUACAUGCUUGGGCAAGUUCACCAAGACAGGAAAAUUCAGACUGCACAUCACAGCUUUGGACGUGAUCGCACCGCACGCAAGAUAUAAGGUAUGGGUGAAGCAGAACGGAGAGAUGCCAUUCCUGUACGGAGGGCAUGUCGUAAAAGCUCAUGUUGGGCGAUGGAGUGAAGAUGCGCCGGAACACGCAGGUGCGGUUGUAUUGAGCAUGAAUGAUACGCCGUUGGGCUUUGGAGUAACUGCCAGGAGUACUGCAGAGGCGAGGAAGCUGGAUCCCACCGGGAUAGUACUGUUCAGACAAGCAGAUGCUGGAGAAUAUUUGCGAGAGGAAGAAACGCUCUUUACCACAUGAGCUACCACACAAACCUGACUGUCGAGCCAUUCCAAUCUCGUCGCGCCGAAGCCCUUCUCAGGAUUCUCGUGGGGUCGACACCAUCGGAGACGUGAAGCGAACGAUACUCGCCUCAAUUGCAGCGCAUGGGGCACAAACAGAGCGAAUGCGACAAUGUAUUGUGGGUGAAGAAUGGGGCUGGGAAGUCUAACACGCCGGUCUGCGUGGUGGCGGGAGGAAAACGAUCCGAUUGAAUAAGUGGUAUUGGCUACGGAUUCCGGCUGAUACCAAGCCCGGGUGGGCAUGCGUGUGCACAAAGCACGCCGGUCGCCUACGAACCAAGGCUCUAAUUACGAGGAAAGGACCACAUGUUCGUGUUUCCCAUGAUCGGUCUGACGAUUGCGAUAUUGCAUCAGGCUAUCAUUCGACCGCGAAAUCGUGAGCCAUGGCAAAGUGUAUCACGACCUCUGAGAUCCCCAUGGACUGCUAUGUAUGAGAACUAUGGUCUUGGCUAUCAUGAUUACUAAAUCUCUUCACAAGAGGCUAGACUCCAUUAGACGAGCUUCGGCCGAGCAGUUGCUACAUGGCUCGUAGAUGGAGCAAGAGUGUCUUCUCAGGAGAAGGUUUGCAUGAAGUAGUCCACACAACUUUUAGAACACAGUCCGGCAUCGCUGAUCGUCGCAAGCGCAAUGCUUUCCACGAAUGUCGCGCAAUCAUCGAGCCAUCGAUGCACGCU